GUCAAAGUUCAGGAGGCGUCCCUCUUCGUCGUAAAAUAAUAAAUAAAUAAAGAACAAUAUUUUGAUACACGACUGUUGUUUUUAGAGAACAAGUAUUUGGCGCAUAUUGUAAAAAAGUGAAUAAUUCAUUCAGGCAAAACAAUGGCGAAUUCACAAUUCGCCCUUACAUCAAAACUGCACGAAAAGAAUAUCUGUACUGGUUUAAGUAAUUUGCAACAAGUGAGGGGCCAAACGAGCAUGCGGCUCACCUGAUGGUAAGUGACUACCGCCGCCCAUGAACAACUGCAACACCAGGGGAAUCACAGAUGCGUUGCCGGCCUUUUAAAAAGGAGUACGCUCUUUUCUUGAAGGUGCCUAAGUCGUAUCGGUCCGGAAAAAUCGCUGAUGGUAAUCGAUUCCACAAGGAGGUCGUGCGAGGAAGAAAACAUCUUCUUAAUCGCACAGUGGUGGACCGCCAAUCAUCCAGAUGGUGUGGAUGGUAUCGGGAGUUCUGCCGCGAUGUGCGUUCGUGAAAUUUGGCGGCUGGGAUUAAUCCGAACAAUUCCUCAGAGCACUCCCCAUGGUAGAUGCGAAAGAAAAUGCAAAGGGAUGCAACAUCUCUUCGCAGUGCCAAUGAAUCGAGCCGAUCGGAAAGGGCUCGGUCGUCGACAAUUCGAGCCGCUCUGCGUUGGAUGCGGUCAAGUGGAAGGAGCUGGCACUGGGGAGCCCCUGCCCAGAGAUGGGAACAGUAUUCCAUGUGAGGCCGAACUUGCGCCUUGUAAAAUAGCAGGCGGUGUGCCGGCAUGAAAUACUGUCCCGCUCUGCUGAGCACGCCAAGCUUUUUAGAGGCCAAUUUGGCCUUCCCUUCCAAGUGACCACGAAACUGCACAUCACUCGAUAUGUCGACUCCGAGGAUACCGAUACUGGCUGAGACAAGAAGGGGAGUGCCUUGAAACUGAGGAGAUACGACAAAGGGGUUCUUUUUAGCGGUAAACGCGCAAACUUGUGUCUUCUGAGGAUUAAAUUGGACUAGAUUUAGUUGCCCCCAAUCCGAGACUUUGUUCAGCAAAGACUCGACUUCAGACACAAGUUUGUUCCGGUACUCAGCGACGUUUUCCCGAGAGUUACAAGUUACAGCCUAUAUAUACAUCCCACUGCUGGGUACAGGUCUCCUCUCAUUUCUGAGAGGGCUUUAGGGCAAGGAAAUGUCUGCCGCGAUGCCCCAAUGCAUGUUGGCAAACUUCACAGGUCUACGAAUUUAUAUUAUAGUGUAGGACUUUGCAUAAUCCCAUACCUUAUUAAUUAACCAUAUUAAGUAAACUUAUAAAUUCAGCCACAGAGAAUUUUUUUUUUUAUAGGAGAGGGGAAAAACAAGCAUACGGCUCACCUGAUGGUAAGUGACUACAGCCGCCCAUGAAACAACAAAAAAAAAAAAGACUACAAAGAUUGUUAAAAAUUUGUUAUAUAAAUAUAUAAAAAUCUGCUUUUAGAAUGGAGAAUUUGUGGACAUGACUCUAGCAGCAGAUGGUCACCAUGUAAAAGUGCAUCAAGUAAUACUAGCACUAGCUAGUCCAUAUAUCAAAGAUCUAAUCUCUUCAGUGCAAUGUCAACAUCCAGUUAUAUUUCUUAAUAAAAUAUCAUACACAACACUUGCUGCUAUGCUAGAGUACAUUUACACAGGUGAAGUUUUGGUUACAGUUGAUAAUUUAAGAGAACUGGUUGAAGCAGGUAAAGAACUUCACAUAAAAGGCUUGGAGGAUAUGGUAUGUACAGUUUCAAUAUAUAUAUAUAUGUCGCAGCCAUAUAGCUUACUUAGCCUUUCAGUUAAAAGUCUAGUCUCUUCACUAAACGGCGCCGUUCAUCGAGCGGCCUGAAAGAUAUUCAGCAAAUGAGUAUAAUACAACAUUACUUAUGUCUUGUAAUAUCAGCGACAGUAGGUCAAGUUGUGGCUGAGGUGGUCCUUGGGCCACCCUAACGCCGCGUACAUUUAUAUAAUAGUACAUAGCACAUAAUUAGGCACAGACCAGCAAAUGUCUCAUUGUAUGAAAUUAAUGGGGUGACCUUGCCAUGUAAUAUCUUGGCUGUUAACUGAAAAGCUAAUUAAGCUAGAUGGCUGCGACAUAUACAUGAUAUCGACAACAAUACACAACAGCAACAGCUGACUUCAAAGAAUGAAGAAGAAUAAAAUACUUGCACAUGUGAAGUAUAGGGCUUUAUAUCUUCUUUACCCAAAGUCCUUAAAAGGCGGCUUUUACUUUUUAUUGAAAGUUUAUUAUUUUGAAGACAGUGUAUUAAACCCCAUCAACCUUUGCCUUGUAAAAAAUUAUGUAAGUACAUAAAUCUUCAGUGGCUAAACUACUGUUUGUAUUUGAUUACUUUUCAUAAUGAUUUCUUAUAUUUACGCGAACACUACACAUUGAAUAAAACUAUUUUUAUGUAAUACUACAUAAGAGUUGCUGGUAUGGUUGCCCGGGCUUCGCACGGGUGAUUUAUGUAUCUGGACAACAGUACCACCUACUGGGUCCAAUUGAAAUUUGUUUAAACCAGUUAGGGACCCAGUCAAACCUACACUAAAAAUUUCAUCAAAAUUAGUCCUGCCGUUUUCGAGUUUUUGCGAGACUAACGGACAGCAAUUGAUGUUUAUACAAAUUACUGUUUGAACUGUAUUUUGCAAUUACCAGCCAAAUUUGCAGAGAAGGUUCAGAAUAAGUAAUGUAGGCAAAUGGUGAAUAAAAAUUAAUAAAAAAAUCUCAAACUUUCUGUAAUUUUUAUCUUUUAAAUUCAAAUGGUAAUUCAUUAUUUUAACUGAUUUUACUUCGCACGCACACAUUCGUAAACCCUUACGGUCAGAAAAGUACUUUGUUGCGCAUCUUCCUGCGCCCGUUCUACCGUUACACCGAAAGUCCUAUGUAUGCUCGACCGGCCGACAGCUGACAGUGUGGACCGUGACCUCAUUACGUACGUUUCGUUGCCAAUGUCGUAACGAAAAUAUUCGAACCGCGGAUACUAUGAAACUGUAAACUGGUGAUUAUACAUGUGAAGAAUUACAUUUUAAUCAAUGAAAGUUUUCGUGGUACAUACAAAGAUACUAAAGUGAGUUUUUACCGCGGUGAGAUAUUAGCGUACGUGUCGUACCAAUCGAAUCAAACCAUUCAAGUGCAGUGAGCGAUAAAUAGUGAAUCUACAAACUCGCGUGAACUUUAACCGUGUUUACGUCAAAGAGGUGUCCAAAGUUAUUAAAACCGCAACAGUAAAAUUAUAAUAGUAGUAACUCCGGGCAUCGUACAGUGCAGACGUGUUUUGCUUUUCUAUAAAAUAUUAAUCUUAACUACCAGGCUACAUACAAACGUAUUACCUGUAGCAAUAGUGCUCUAAUCAGUUUAAUCACUGUGACAAUAACUGCGACGGAGCGUGUUUGAAAAAGACAGCCACUACUACGUGAGUCAUUUCAUACCUUACCGUGUUGAUACACAGAUAUAAGAUGAAUAUUCUACGCUCGCCUACAAGAAGUGACAUGAGAGAUACACUUAGCGAUUCACAACUUAAUGAGUCUAAUAUAAUCACUUUUCGUAAUAAAAGAAAAUUACCAGAAGAUAACGACGACAUAACAGUAAUAAAAAAGGAAGUAUGUGAAUUGACUAACAAAAUGUCGCAGAUAAUGUCGAUGCUUACUACAAUUUGCACUAAUCAAAAAGAAUUCAUGGAAAAAAUAUCUUCAGAUGUAGCAGAUUUGAAAAAAGAAAUCAAUGAUAUGAAAUUAACUAUAAACCAUGUUAAUACAGAAAACGAAAUAAUAAAAACUGAUAUUUCAAAUUUAUUAGAG